AUGUCGAAGUCAGGGGAAGAUGAUUUAGCUGGUAGUAGUACGCAAUCAUCUGUGGUUGACAAAAUCCUAGAAUUUCGUGGAGAAGACGAAGUCUGUGUUUAUGGUGAAAGAAAAGAGAAAGAGAUGAAGAAGAGACCCGCCUGGGAAUAUCUGCAAAGAAAGACGAAGACUUUGCAAACUGGUAUUCUCAGGUCUGUAGAUUCGGGCCACAUUGAAGGGUUUAAGCCAGAGGUUGCUUGGGUUACAAGAGCUGGCGAACAUGAUCUCCCAACACCAUAUGCUCUACGUCCAACUAGUGAGACCAUCAUCUACCCUUACUUCAAAAACAAGAUUAGGACACACCGUGAUCUCCCAAUGAAGGUUAAUCAAUGGGUCAACGUCGUUAGAUGGGAGGUUAGCGACCCUAUACCACUGAUACGAGGUCGUGAGUUCGAUUGGCAGGAAGGUCACAGUGCCUUUGCUACCAAGAAAGAGGCUGAUGAAGAGGUUCUUGAUGUUUUAAACAUCUACUCUCGUCUCUAUGAAGAGCUUCUCGCGGUUCCUGUAAUAAAAGGUCAGAAGAGCGAGAAGGAGAAGUUUGCUGGUGCGGUUUACACCACAAGCGUUGAAGCUUUUAUACCAAAAACCGGUUGUGGUGUACAAGCUGCGACGUCAAAUUGUUUAGGACAAAACUUUGCAAAAAUGUUUGAAAUCACCUUUGAAGAUAAAGAAGUAAUAAAAGUAAAAAAUGAAAAGCCAAAGGUGUGGCAGAACUCGUGGGGUUUGAGUACGAGGUCAAUAGGAGUGAUGGCUAUGACACAUGGAGAUGACAAGGGCUUGGUGUUACCUCCAAAAGUGGCACGUUAUCAAGUCGUUGUGAUCCCUGUUUCUUUCAAAGGUGCUGAUACCAAAAGGAUUGUUCAAGAGUGUCAAGCUGUUAAAACCAUCUUGCAAGGUGUUGGAGUCCGUGCGUGCUAUAGUAGAUGA